GCAGAUUGACCUUGGAAAAAUCAUGUUCACGAUUUGGUUCAAAUGGAAUCUACAUUUUCAGAGGAGUUAUUGAGGAUCUACUACCGAAGACUUUUCCCAUGCGAUCUAUUUGCACAGUGGCUUACAUAUAAUUCUCGAUGUAGUGGGCUUUCUAAAAGAGAACUCAGUUUUACACUGAAUGGUGAUAUCUAUCUUAGAUAUCAGAGUUUUGAUUCGUCGUCGGACCUUAGGAAGGAUCUAGUCAAGCUAUGCCCUAUUAAGAUUGAUAUUGGGGCAGUUUACUCAACUUCUCCCAGGCUUCAUCGUUCAAUUUUAUCAUCUUCACUCAAGCCUGAAUGGAAAGAAUUAGUUUUCGAUAUUGAUUUGACUGAUUAUGAUGAAGUUCGUUAUUGUUGUGGUGAACAAAGUACUUCUGGAUCUUCUAUUUGCCUUCGCUGCUGGCAACUUGCUCGUUCUGCAGUCCUCUGUAUCGACCGUGCCUUAAGAGAAGACUUUGGGUUCCAGCAUUUAUUGUGGGUGUAUUCAGGUCGUCGUGGAGUUCAUUGCUGGGUAUGUGAUCGUUCCGCUCGGCAUUUAGAUCAAACUUCGCGUACAGCUAUCGCGGAGUAUUUAACUUUGGUUAGAGGGGGUAACGGUAAGAAGCCCACACUUACUGCUGGUAACUUCUCAAAAUCUUAUGAUUCACAUUCACAUGGGAAUAUUGAGCCAAUUUUUCAUCCUUGUGUGGAUGCAGCUUGUGAUAUAUUGAUGCCUCGAUUCACAACUUAUUGCAGUACAACAAAUGGUCAAAAUUUAUUCGGAAAUAAAAAACGUCUGGAUAAGUUACUGUCAUUUUUACCGGUUGAGUUAAAAGAUCUUCGUGAACGACUUUUAGAUGAGUGGUCUACCGAUACUCAAGAAAACAAAGAAGAAGUAUCUACAAAAAGAUGGAACACAUUAAGAAAGUUUUUGAAAGAAAAUGGUCGCGCAAAUGUUUUGAAGGAAAUAGUCUUAAAUUUCACAUACCCUAGACUAGAUGUUAAUGUGUCAACAGGUCUUAAUCAUUUACUGAAGAGUCCAUUUUGUGUGCAUCCGAAAACUGGUUAUAUAUGUAUACCAUUUAAUCCACAAGAAGUCGAUAAACUUGAUCCAUUUAAUGUACCAACAUUAAAUGAACUUGUAGAACAGCUUUCUUCUGUAACAAAUAAUGAUCAUGAUUGUGGUAAUAAUGAUGAAAAUAUUUCAUCCAAUGAUAGACAUUUAUUAUCAUUUAAGAAUACCUCUUUAAGGUCUUCAAUUGAAUAUUUUGAGACUUUCAUAAAACAUGUUUUAAAAGCAGAAAAUUCAUGUUUUAAUGUUAAUCAAGCUGAAGGUAAUUCAGAUUCAUUUAAAUCUAUUCCUGUAUUUUAACACUUCCUUUUGUAAAAGAGAUUUUAAAGACUGUAUAUGAAUUAUGUUAUUAGAUUAUUAUUAUUGUUAGUAUUCAAAAGCUUUUUUAUUUUUACACUAUGUUAAUAUUUCUCAACUCCGACUUCAUUACAGUCAACAGCAUUACUUCUAUCCUCUUCUUUCUUAUCCUGCUAAGUAGAGUCAAGAGGAUCAGUUAAGUAGUUAGAGCUUUUUGAUCAUAACCUCAAUGUAUCAAUUAAAAACACACUUAAAUUGAUCUUUUGUAUAUCAAGUAUAAUGGUUAGAAUUU